CUGCCCUCCCCUCAUUCACGCCAUCUCCUCUCUACGUCGUCUCUAUCAUUUCGCCAGUCCAUGAGGCUAUGGCAAUCGCGUUGAUAGUUGUUAGUAUCGUGCAGCCUAAAAUAUUGCCGGUAGAACAUUUAGUACUCUUGCUAUGAGAGGGCGGGCUUCUUUACACCAGCACGCACAGCGCAGUUAACAAGCUCAGUAGGUACAUGUUGCACUUGCCAGUAAGACUUGCUGAAGUUACAUGAGGAUAUAUGGGCACACAUAUCAGAGGGACGGGCGACAAAAGAAAAAUAUUGGGAACUAGAACAUGUCUGAGUUCUGAGAUGGCCACACUUGAGGAUGAGUCUUUGACUAGCCAGUCCUGUAUUCCACUGUUUGCCUCAGAGGGUAUAGACAUCACAGCAAACAAGGACAAGGGAGUCUGCAAGAUUGUGAAGAGUCAUGGUACAGAAGGGGAUAGGCCUAUGAUUGGGGACAAGGUGUAUGUCCACUACACUGGCAAAUUGCUUAAUGGGAAGAAAUUUGACUCCAGUUAUGACCGCAAGGAGCCUUUUGUCUUCAAUGUGGGCAAAGGCCAAGUGAUCAAAGCAUGGGAUAUUGGUGUGUGCUCCAUGCAGAAAGGAGAGGUGUGUUUGCUGCUAUGUAAGCCUGAAUAUGGUUAUGGGUCUGCUGGCAGUCCCCCAAAGGUCCCUCCUAACUCCACUUUAUUGUUUGAGGUAGAGCUACUCAGCUUUAGAGGGGAGGAGCUUACAGAGGAUGGUGGAAUAUUGAGGAGAAUAAAGGUCAAAGGUGAAGGCUACAACAAUCCCAAUGAAGGGGCCACAGUCCAUGUGCACUUGGAAGGAAGGUGUGAUGGUUGUUUGUUUGAGAAACGAGAUGUUACCUUUGUGGUGGGUGAGAGUGAAGAUAAGAGUAUUCCCCUGGGAGUUGACCGGGCCAUGGAGAAGAUGCAGAAAGGGGAAUGCUGUCUAUUAUACUUAAAGCCAAAAUAUGGCUACGGAAAAGAAGGAAAGCCAGAAUAUAACAUUGGUCCAAAUGCAGAGCUGUUGUAUGAGGUCACCCUCAAAGAUUUUCAGAAGGCCAAAGAAUCCUGGGAAAUGGACUUGAAUGAUAAAUUAGACCAGGCAGUUCUGGUUAAACAGAAAGGGACCCAUUACUUCAAGGCUGGGCGGUACCACCAUGCCAUCAUCCAGUACCAGCGGAUAAUAUCAUGGUUGGAGAUGGAGUGUGGAGUUGGCAAGGAGCAGCAGCAGGCCAUCCAGGCCAUCCUGUUGGUGGCGCAUCUGAACUUGGCUCUGUGCUACCUACGCCUACGAGAGUACUCUCAAACAGUUGAAAACUGCAACAAGGUGAUGGAGCUGGACUCUGAGAACGAGAAAGCUUUGUAUAGACGAGGAGAGGCUCGUCUCUUGCAGAAUGAAUUCAGUCUUGCCCUGGUGGACUUCCAGCAAGUUCUGCAGGUGAACCCCUCAAACCGUGCUGCCCGUUGCCAGAUUGCUGCCUGCCAGCGCAAAAUGCGGGAACACCAUGAGCGUGAUAAAAAGAUUUAUGCCAACAUGUUCCAGAGGUUCGCUGAACAUGAUGCCAAGGUGGGCGUAUUGAAAAGGAAGAAGGAGGAGAGCGUUGGAGUGUUGGAUCAUAGUAGUUUAGUUGUGAAAAGGCCUUGCCAAAGUCAGGAUGGCUCAUAAAGCCACACAUCCCAACAGCCAGUGCCUGUGAUUGGGUGAAGCAGAUGAGUUGGGGCAGCGAUGAGAGGCAUGGAUCAACCCCAGCCUUCACAUGCCUUCACUACCAACCACAUGAUGUAACUGCUGUGAUAUGUCAUGAUGUGAUUGCUACCACUUGGGACUUAAAGGGGAUGAUGCUAGGAUAAAUUGUGAAUAAGAGCGUUGAACACUGAAGAGGCUGUAAACCUACAUCACAUUCCUACAAAUAAACAAAAAAACAACAAAUAAACCUCGCGCAAUCCGCACAACCACUGGGAUUUAACACUCAACCUUUGUCAUAUGCACCCCAUCUCUGCAAGGUAUAUGUAAUAAAAUUGAGUUUUAUGAUGUGGCAAACAGAAUUCAGUCUAAUACUGUAUACAGGAUAUGGGCAUAUUUUAUUCUGUAGGGAACAAUUUAUUGGUGAGUUACUAAUUGGCAGAACUUGUUUGCAGUGUUGUGGUGUAUAGAAGAUGUGUUGGGAUAUUUCAUGAUGCUUAGAUAAUUGACCACAAUGGACAGCUGGACUCCAAAAUACUGUAAUGUCCCCAUUAGCCAGUUUUGUCUUUGCUAUUGACACAAUGCAAUAUUCCCUAUGGGAACACAGAUUGGUGAUUGUCUGCUUGACUGAAAGGCUGUGGCUGUCAUGCAUACUCACAGAGGGUCAAAAAAGGUCUCAGAAGAGCUGUCUCUUGAAUCUCCAUGUCUACACAAAACGUCUGCAUGUACAUGCAUACAAACACAUACUCGUACAUAGGCAUGUGCGCAUGCACUCAUGUGCAUGCACAUGCACACACACGUAAACUUAUUUAAAGAGACUGCUGUUGCAUGCUUUGGUGGAGGUUUCUGGGUCUGUCUUAGACUUGGGAGCAUAAUUUAAAGGAACAACAAGCUUUAAACCUGUUAAACAGGAUAUGUUCUUGACUCCAGUCCAUUGUCUGUUACUUAGUAUUUUGCAUUUUACUGUGUAAAAAACAUUUGUGCUAGGGUCAUUCAACCACAUAUCUGAAAAAAUUACUACCACCUUUCAUCUAGAAUCAUUUUCCAAAACAUUGCAGCAAGGAUUAAUUAGAAUACGCUGCCAAUAAAAUUAUGAUAUCAGUGUGAAUCUUUUGGAAAAUGCAUGUUAACUGUUGGAUGUCGAUUUCCAAAAUAUUUGCAUUGCAUUUUACUUUUAAGUCCCUUCCCAUUUCAGAUUGUUGAGAUUAUCAUCAUAUUCCUGUAUGAAAUCACAAAUAUUUCAUGUUGGUUGUUAAAUCUUUUUGUUUACAGUUUUGAUGCAUUAAGAGACAGGCCUAUAUAUCUACAAAAAAAUAGAAGAAGUGAAUUAA